CAGUGAGCUGUAUAUACAGAUCUCCUGGAUCAAGCAUAGAAGUUUUUAUAGAUUGGAUGGAAAGUAUGUUUAUAAAAUCAACACAGAAGGUCAUGUACAUCUGUGGUGAUUUUAACAUCGACCUCUUAAAUCAUAAGAAACAUAAAAUGACAGAAGAGUUCAUUAACUCAGUGUUCAGUAUGGGACUGUAUCCAGGGCCGUCGACGGGGGGGACAACCGGGUAUUUUGUCCCGGGCCCAGGCAUGAGGGGGUGCCAAGAACUGGUCCCUCAUGAAGAUGCCAUUAAUCAUUCUGUUUCAUUUCAAAAUGUGUUGAUUUGGGGGAGAAAAAUGUGCUAUACUUGCAUUCAAUGAAUGAUUUCUGGUUCUUUUGCCUUUAUUGUCUUCGAAAAUAGAUUCAAGAACCCACCUACCACCCCUAAUGCAGAAAUGGUUUGGUCUUUGAUUAAGGCGCCAAAUAACACAGCACUAUUCUAUCAUAACGCUUCGACAAUAAGCGUGCGAGCCCGUUUGCCAACAUGCACAAGUCAGGAGCAAAGAAAAGAAAAGAGAAAAAGAGAUGAAGAAGCCAAGAGCCUCAGGGGCUCACUGCAGACCCGGCGCCAGACACGGACUGACAGACGGGCCUUGAAUUGCUUUGGGGGGGCACACAUUUUAUACGCCAAGCCAGGGCAACACAACUGUUUCUAGCAACCCAGGAGAGCAGCACAGACGUGACGAGUUAAAUAUUCUAAGAAACCUAUAAAGCAACCAAAACAACUUUUCCAAAAUGUAUCAAACAUUGCUCAGCAUAUUAACCCUCCUCUUGUGUUCAGGUCGUCACCGACCCGUUUUCAACUUUGACUUUGUAAACAAAGCCCUUGGGUUUAGAUUCUUGCCUCAAGGCUUUCUGACUUUGUCAGCCACCUGUAUUUUUACAAAAUAAAACAAAAAAAUUUUUUUUUCCAAAAUUCUGUUAUGCUCUAAUUAAAAAUAUAGCACUUGUGGUGUUCGGGUCGUUUUCGACCCGGUUCUUAAUAAGUAGUUUAUGGAGCAAUUAUUACAACCAAAACUGAACAAAUAAAUGAACUGCUAGCUAAAAUUGAUAUAGCUAGCUCCUCUGCCAACCAUUCAAGCUUAUGAACUAGCAUGACAUCAUGAUAUUGUGUAUAUAAAUAGCUCACUAGUUUGAAGUUUUUGGGUUAUGUUGACAUAUGUUUUGUGCCAUUAGUUCAGCUUAGGGGUCCAUUUGGCCCGACCGCUUUUCCCCAAUACACUAAUCACUCAUUUUGUUAUGGUAAUGAGGCUGUUAGUGGCAGUGUGUGGGGUGAGGGGGUCACACUUCACACACUUCACACUUCAGUGGUGAAGUCAUGUUGGCUACUUCUGUGUGAAUGUGAGAAUGAGGAAUAAAAACACAUUCUAUUCUCACAUUCUCUAUUCUAUUCUCUAUUCUAUUCUAUUCUAUUCCCAUGUGACCAUAACGACUCAUGUGACUGCAACCAGACAAUUGUUUGAUGGAUAAAUACCUCAGUGCACAUGGACUAUCGCUUCAGUUCCCUCAAGAAUUUUGUGGUGAAAGAAGCUCCUCUCCAAGGAACGAAGAUGCAGAGAUUCAACAUUCAACAGGCAUUUUGUACAAUGAUAACGUCAUGAAUCACACCCUCAAAUUCAGCAUCAGUGGCCACGGUGUAGAUGAAGAACCAAAAGGUGUGUUCUCCAUUGAUGAAAAUACUGGUGAAGUCUUCAUACACAAGCCCAUAGACCGAGAAAUCUACCCAGUUAUGCAUGUGAAUUUUGAUGUGAUGGAAAAACGUAGUGAGAAAAUUCUUGACAAAACUUUGGCUUUCGAUGUAACCAUAACGGAUAAGAAUGAUAAUCCACCUGAAUUCAUACCUGAGGAUUUAUACAUAGACGUUCCAGAGAACAUAAAAGAAGGUCAGCUUCCUGUUUCACUGCAAGCAAGAGACAAUGAUGAGGAAAACAAUCACAAUUCUCGCAUCUCCAUGAGGAUAGUGUCUCAGGAGCCAGCACUGCCCAAAAUCUCUCUGGAAUCCUCCUUGGAUGGAGAAGGCAGCAUGAACAAAAAUCUUGUCUUGACUGGUUGCUUUGAUUAUGAUAAAGUAAAGAAAUAUAAAAUGCUUGUCGAAGCACGGGAUCAUGGAACACCAUCACGCUCAUCCACUACCACUGUAAAUUUUGCCAUCACUGACUCCAACACUCACGCACCUGUGUUCACUGCUCCAAAGUUAAAUGCUGAGGUUAUGGAGAUGGAAACCAGGGAAAUAUUAAGGAUUCCUGUGGAAGACAAGGAUACUCCCAACACUCCAGCAUCCAGAGCAGUAUUCACUAUCCUGAAGGGUAAUGAGGAGGGCAACUACAAGAUUGAGACAGACCCACUUACCAAUGAAGGAGUGCUGACUGUCAUCAAGGGAAAGGAUUACGAGAGGACUACUCUAACUGAGCUGGAAAUAGGAGUCGAGAAUGAAGAGCCAUUAUUUUUAUGCAUUGACGGAAAGCCAAUUAUUCCUGUACCAGAGACUUUAAAAGGAAAGAGCACAGUUAAAGUCGCUAUUAAAGUCACCGAUGUGAAUGACCCACCGAAGUUUCAGAAUAAAAUUCAGAAGGUUUACAGGGUUGAGGAAGAAGAGCCAGGAGAUGUGCUGUACAUACCCACAGUCACAGAUGAGGAUUCAGACCCAGCUAAACUGAGGUAUGAGCUAGUAGAAGAUCCAGCUAAGUGGAUGUCCAUAGACCCACAGACAGGCAAGAUCACUUUGGCAAAGAAGAUGGACCGCGAAUCUCCAUAUGUCCACAACAGCACCUAUACUGUCACGAUGAGAGCAAUAGAUGAUGGGGAACCUCCCUGCACAGGUACAGGGACUCUGGUGGUCCAUCUGGGAGAUAAGAAUGAUAAUGUACCUCAUUUAACUUCCAACACUUCAGUGAUGUGUGGGAACAAAGCUGACAGAGUGAGUGUCAAAGCAGGGGAUGAUGAUGUUUUUCCAUAUAGUGGACCCUUCACCUUCAUGUUUGGCAAAGAAAAUCAGGAGCUGAAUAACCUUUGGAAGGUUGACCCUAUCACAGGGUCUGAAACCUUCCUGAUUAGUCUGAAGAGUCUGCCAUAUGGGAAAUACUCAGUUCCACUGAAGAUUGCUGACCAACAGGGGAUGCUAGCACAUGAUGUUUUACAAGUGGUGGUAUGUGACUGUGGAAAAGGAGAUGUGUGUCGGGACCAACUGCCUCGAUCGUCUACCCUCCAUGGAGCAGCAAUAGGAAUUCUACUGGGAACGCUACUCAUGAUGGCUUUGCUGCUCUGCUUUUCUUUCAUCUGCAAGUGUAAAGAGAAAACGAAUUUCAAGCAAUGCUUUCAAGAUGAUGGAAACCAAACCAUGAUUAAAUACAAUGAGGAAGGAGGAUUUCCACUCUACAAGAGCUCUGUUGGAAGUUAUCAUGGCUUGAAUACUCAACCGAUACAGUUUGAGCCACAGUUUCAACACAGCACCACAAAUCAUUUUGGCAAACUGAAGACAGGAAUUAAUCAGAUUUCACAGGUGCCUAGUGGAUUUAGUGAUAUAACUGCCUCAAGCAUCAUCUUUGCAAAAUCAAACUGGACUAGAAACAGGAAUAGUGCAUAUAACACCACUAGGAGUGGAUUCUCAAGAUCCUUUAGCCUACUGUCAGAACAGAACAUGUUAACACAUCUUGAAAAGAAGCUCUACAACCUUUCCAUGGAGCAGCAGGAUUUCUCUGAAUUUCACCCACAUGAUUACCAAAAUGAAGGAACCAAUACCACUGCCGUCUCACUGGAUAAACUCUCUUUCCACAGCACAGGAGAUGAUCUGGACUUUCUGCAGAACUUGGGGCCAGAGUUUUUCACCCUGGAUAAGAUCUUUCAGCAAGGAAUGAAAGAGAAAACCAUGAAGUUUUAAUUGUUUUUUAAUAUGGAUGUUAGAUCUCGUUGAUUACUCCUUCCCAUCUCUGUGUUUUAAUGGAUAUACCAUACCUCAUGUCUGUCCUGAUUAUAAGGUUGCUCCUUGAUUUUGUUGGUGAUUUAGAAUUUGCAAAUAAUCCAAAUUAUUAUAAAUAUCAACAGAUUGUUCACUGGUUUAUUCACUGGUAGUAGGGGUGUGACUGCCAUUUCUGUUGGGUGUGGGGUUUGUGGUCUUUGUAUUUGGUAAGGAAGUUUAGGGAAAAUAAUAAUCUUUUGUUUGUGUUUUUUUUUUCUCUGUAAAUUAGUUCCCCAAAGAGCAGUUUUGGUUUGUUGUUUUGGUGUUGGUUCACCCUGGAGUUGACCCCAGGUUUUUGGUCUGUACAGUAAUGCACAAUAUAUACAGUCAACCACUUUAGGCAAGGCAAGGCAAGUUUAUUUAUAUAGCACAUUUCAUACACAGUGGCAGUUCAAUGUGCUUUACAGAAGUAAUAGGAACACCUGUAUACCUGCACAUUUAUACAGUUAUCCAAUGAGCCAAUCAUGUGGCAGCAGCACAGUGCAUGAAAUCAUGCAGAUACAGGUCAUGAGCUUCACUGAAUGUUCACAUCAAACAUUAAAAUGAGGGAAAAGUGUGAUAUUUGUGACUUUAACGGUGGCAUGGUGGUUAGAGCCAGAUGGACUGCUUUGAUUAUUUCAGAAACUGCUGAUCUCCUGAGAUUUUCAUACAUGCAUGUUGUCACAUAAACGCAUGUUGCACAGCUCCAGAUGUUGACAGUGCGAUGUUGUGCAGCAUACUGACUCACAAAAGCUACUGCUCAUGACUGCUGCACACGCAUGACCAUGCCACUCUCUAUUUGUUUCCAACAGAAACAGUCUCAGAACUCUUUGAUUGCACCUUGUAUUGAGUGAUGGGAAAGACAGGGAAGACCCUCCCAGUAACUGGAAGGGGAACUAGAAAUAAAGGCAGAUGGGACUAAACUAAAGUUGACAGUACAGGAAUGGACAGAUUUCCUAGAUUAUUAUCCUUAUCCUGGAGACUGUAAUUCACCUGAACCAACAUCAGGUAUGGGAAAUACAGAGACAGGAUUUUUUUUUUUUUUUUUAACAGGGGGACCCCUUAACUGGGUCCAAUGAAACAAACAUGUAUAUUAACAUUGAUUUCUCAGAUAUUUUCCCAGUAGAUUACAAAAAUGUCUAAUUAUCAGUUAAGCUUUUGAGAAAAAUAAUAUUUAAUCAUGAGAGAUAGUAUUUGAUCCUCAAUUUAUUAAGCAAUGUAAUGCUAAUCUACAUUACCCUUAGCAAAAAGUAGUAUACUUAAAGUUCAUUUUAUUAAGUAUGCUUCAGUAUAAGUAUAGCAAGUAUACUACAGACCAUGUACUUUUAGUGUACUAGAAAGUAUACAAAUUUAAUACUUUUUCGGACUAAAUUGGAACAAUUCAAGUUUAUAAAAGUAUACCACAAGUACACUCAUCUAUAUACUAUCAAUGUGCUUGGUAUAUCCCUCUCGUAUGCUUAAAGUAUACCACAAGUAGACUUAUUGAUAUACUGCCAUUGUACUAGUUAUAUACUUCUUUAAGAUUUUUGGGGGGGGCUUUUUUCACCUUUAUUGGAUAGGACAGUGUCAAGACAGGAAAUGAGCUAGAGAGGGAUCAGGAAUCGAACCCGGGUCCCCAGAUUUAUGGUAUUGUGCCUUAGUCAACUGAGCUAUGACACCCCUUAGUUAUAGACUUCGAAUCCCUAUUUUUAGUUUAUUAUUGUAUACUUUAAGUAUACUGUUAUAAACGUUGGUUAUUUCACUAGUUUACUUGUUAUACUUUAAGUUUGCUUGGCAUAUUACUUGUAGCUUACUAUUUAUAUACUGGAAAUAUACUCCUUAAAGUAUUCUUAAAGUUUACUCAUACUGUAUGUACACAAGAGUGUGAUGCAUUUACAAAAUCACAAGACAGAAUGUUGAAAACAAGUUUGACAUAUUUUCAAACAUUUCAAAAACAAAGACCUAUGAAAUCAAGUCCUUCCUUACUGGAGAAAUUGAUCAAUAAAGUCAAGUCAAAAGA